GAGGAUAAGUUGAGCACCACAAAGUCGUUGCAAACAAACAGACAGGUAGUGAGAGAGAGAGAAAACUCGAGGAGAGUCCGUAAUGGCUUUCCUUACAACUUCAGCUCUUACUUCUCCCUCUAAAACUAUUCUCAUGAGAACUAUAAAUUCUUCUUCAACUUCUUUUAUUUCUUCUCUCCCUAAGAACUCCAUUAUCCCAUGUUAUCAAAGAAGAAGCUUUUCUUCUUCUUUCAGUGAGACAAGUAUAGUUACACUUAGAAGAAGAGGAGGAGCUACAUUAAAGACUCAUAAGGGUGUUACUUGUUCAGCUUCUUCUACUCUUCCCUCAGCUCUUCUUUUCGAUUGUGAUGGUGUUCUUGUCGACACUGAGAAAGAUGGUCAUAGGAUUUCAUUUAACGAUACAUUUGCUGAAAUGGAAUUGGGCGUAACUUGGGAUGUCGAUUUGUACGGUGAAUUGCUUAAAAUUGGGGGUGGAAAAGAGAGAAUGACGGCAUAUUUCAACAAGACGAGUUGGCCAGAAAAAGCUCCAACGGGUAAUGAAGAAAGAAAGAAAUUCAUAGCCUCACUGCACAAGCGGAAAACGGAAUUGUUUAUGGUUCUUAUUGAAAAGAAGUUGCUUCCUCUACGGCCGGGUGUAGCGAAGUUAAUCGAUCAAGCUUUCGCGAAAGGGGUUAAAGUCGCUGUUUGCAGUACUUCAAAUGAGAAAGCGGUCUCAGCUAUAGUUUCUUGCUUGUUGGGUCCUGAAAGAGCCGAGAAGAUUACGAUAUUUGCAGGGGAUGUAGUUCCUCUUAAAAAACCUGAUCCAGCUAUCUACCUUUUAGCAGCCAGUACUCUAGGUGUCGAGCCAUCAAGUUGUGUGGUGAUAGAGGAUAGUGGCAUAGGUCUUGUGGCUGCUAAAGCUGCUGGUAUGAAGUGCAUCAUAACAAAAAGCGGGUACACAUCAGAUGAGGACUUUUCAAACGCGGAUGCAGUAUUUGACUGCAUUGGAGAUCCACCUGAGGAGCGUUUUGAUUUCGCAUUCUGCACUAGCCUUCUGGAAAGGCAAUUUAUAAGCUAAGAGCAUGUAAAUAGAAGAAAAUCCCGCUAUAUGUUGCCUUCGUAAUGGUUUUUAUGAUUGUAUUCAUUAUCAAAUUAGGUUACUAAUCGCCAAAAAUUUCUCCUUAAUUCUAAGACAAUGGCCAAUAAAUUCAAGGCAAAUUAUUAUUUUCA